UCUCCUGGCUUUCCUGGCAAGAAAGGUGAACCCGGAAUACACGGUGUGCCGGGACAAGCUGGUCCUAUCGGAGAGCGUGGAAUGCCCGGUGCACCAGGUCUACAAGGCAACAAAAAUUGUAUCCUUCCACAUUAUCCGAUAUUAUUUUCAGGCCUUACGGGACCGAUUGGGCCACCUGGACAAAUAGGACUUCCAGGAUUGAAAGGUGAUAUGGGUAAUCCUGGUUUCCCUGGCGCUAAGGGUGAUCCAGGUAAAGAUGGACUGCCGGGAUUACCAGGAUGGUUGGUCAGCGAUAAAGGAUAUUGUAUUCUUGCGUUAGGCAACUGUCCACCGUCAUUCACACAGAUCAGUGCAUAUCAAGCUCAUGUUGACAACUACAGAUUUGGUGAUUACACACUGGUGAAGAACGCUGGUGAAGGUGCUCGAGAGGAGCAAUUCGCACUCAGAGUUCAUGCUUGCUGCAAGUGA